CUUGUGGCUACAAUCCACGAAGCUAUCAUGGAAAUUUGCCUUAUCUGCUCCUUCACUCCUGAACCUGGUUCUCUCCAUACUUUUAACCAGUAACCAUUCGUCUCCCCACAUUCAAUUAUCCUCAACACCAUGGCCUCCUCCACUCUCUCACCUGCAACCCAGCUAUGCUCGAGCAAGAGUGGGAUUUUCUGCUCAUCACAUGGGAUUUUGCUGAAACCAGCAAGGACCCAGAUGGGGAAACGGAGGGAUAGAGGUGGGAUGAGAAUUAGUUGCCAGGCAACCAGCAUCCCUGCCGAUGAUCGGGUACCUGACAUGGGUAAGAGGCAGCUUAUGAACCUGCUUCUUUUGGGUGCUAUUUCUCUUCCCACUGGCUUCAUGUUGGUUCCCUAUGCCACUUUCUUUGCCCCUCCUGGUGGCGGAGGUGCUGGUGGUGGUACUAUUGCAAAGGAUGCGCUGGGAAAUGAUGUCCUUGCAGCCGAGUGGCUCAAGAAUCAUGGUCCUGGAGAUCGUACCCUCACACAAGGACUCAAGGGAGAUCCAACCUACCUAGUUGUGGAGAAGGACAGAACUCUUGCAACAUACGGAAUAAAUGCAGUCUGCACUCAUCUUGGAUGUGUGGUGCCAUGGAAUCAAGCAGAGAACAAAUUCAUCUGCCCCUGCCAUGGAUCCCAAUACAAUGAUCAAGGAAGAGUUGUAAGAGGACCUGCACCUCUGUCCUUAGCAUUGGCUCACGCAGACGUGGAUGAUGGGAAGGUAGUUUUUGUUCCGUGGGUAGAAACUGAUUUCAGAACUGGAGAAGAUCCAUGGUGGGCUUAAGUCUCUUGUUGGCUAAUCUUGUCAAGAGUUGAAGAUAUGUAAAGAGGUGGUUUGGGUUAUGCAACACUGCAAAAUCCUUUGUAGAACACCUGAUUGUACUUUUAGGUAUGCCUCCCCACUGGUUUGCUGUUUCAUCUUCAAUCCUCUAUGGUUACUUGUUAAUUCUUUGUAUCUUAUAGAUGAAAUGACAUCUAUUAUUCAUAAACAAGCUAUACCGGCUCUCCUCCAAUCCCUCUGUUUCCCUUGUUUAAUCUCUGUGUUAAUUAAUAUAAAUAUAUGAUCAUUUGUAGAUCAAUUAAUUAAUUAUAUACCCUUUUCAACAAAACAUAUCCUGAGUGCAUAGACCUUUUUCUUCAUUCAUUAUAUAUUUGCCUCAAAGCCAUACUAUGGUUGUCCUAAUUAACAAAGAGAUCAGACAAGGGAUAGCCAGAUCCAGGAGAGACUGUUGAUGGAGGGCUCCUUGGAUGGAUGUGUGUGGGGAGUGUGGAUUCAAAGAAAAAUAUAUAAUUCCUGCUAACAAAAUUUUUAGUUGAA